CUUAUUUACUGACUGACUGACUGACUAACUGACUUACUUCCAGGGCAAAUAAGGGGUGUUGUGGAGUGGGGAAAUUUUGCCUAAGAUUUCAUUCUUCCUGCCAAGAAAUCUGACUCAGGUUCCUCUUGACUUACCAGACGAGUUGCUCUGACCACUGAGCUCGCACUUACUGGGCGGUACACGUUACACUCGUGUCAGGACUCAGCUGGAACCAGUUACUUAAAACGCCAACAUCGCCAAAGGAAAGAGAGAGAGAGAGACAGAGACAGAGACAGAGAGAGAGAGAGAGAGCUCUCUCAAUGGGAAUGAUCGUAAAGAGCGACACUAAUAAAUCAUUCAUAAGAGAGAGAGAGAGAGAGAGGAGACUUUGGACUCUCGAGAGCACACUCAAUGGUUCGUGCAAUCAGCACAUUUUCUUUGCAUUAGGGCAUCAAUUUGCCUCUGUAAAAGAGCAUCGUUGGAGGCCGAGCAUUGGGGGGAGGAGGGGAGGGGGGGUGUAAAAAAAUUGUGAAGAAAUCGGGGAAAAUGACGAUGUUCAUGGGGAAAGCGAGAGGAGGCACAACAGCGAACGUUUACACCAAGAGCCCGGAUGGAGGCUGGGGUUGGGCAGUGGCCAUUGCCUUCUUUAUCAUAGAAGCAUUCACGUUUGGAAUAAUCAAAAUGUUUGGUGUUUUCUUCACUGAUUUAAUGUCGUAUUUUGAAGAGUCCAACAGCAGAGUGUCCUGGAUAGUUUCCAUCUCAGUGUUUGUGAUGACAUUUACUUCUCCACUUUCUACAGUGCUGAUUAACCGAUUUGGGCAUCGGCCAGUGGUAAUGCUGGGUGGACUGCUGACCAGUCUGGGAAUGGUGACGGCGUCAUUUGCAAGUAGAAUUGAAGAACUAUACAUUGGGAUUGGAAUAGUCUCAGGGCUGGGUUGCAGCUUCAGUUUUCUUCCCGGAGUCACAAUCCUCUCUCAGUACUUUGAGAAACGCCGCUCCCUUAUUCUUGCUCUCGCCUCUACUGGGGAAUGUUUUGCCGUCUUCAUUUUUGCACCUGCUUUCACCUCACUGAAAAAUAAUCUUGGAUGGAGGAAUUGUUUCCUAAUUUUAGGUGCACUCCAGCUGAACAUUGUUGUGUCUGGAGCUCUGCUCCGACCACUUAUCAUCGUUGAAAGUGCAAAGAAAAAAACACCUGAUGGCGUGAAGGAAACAAAAUACAUGCUGGUUAGUGAGGAAACAAAUGCCUUGACGAACUCAGGAGCGGAACCUUUAUCUACCUCGCACAAUAAUUUGCACCAAAACAAGCAACCUAUAAUUUCCGAUGAGCUUCACAAAGAAGAUCUUCAAAUUGUCCAGGAAGUGCCAAAGCCACAGGCACAGCCUCGGCCACCGUUACUCGACUUUUCAAUACUGAAGAAUGUCGGCUUCAUCUUUUAUGCACUUUUCGGACUUUUUGUCACUUUCGGAUUCUUUGCACCUCAACUGUAUGUCAUUCCGCUCACUCUCAGCCAAGGGAUCGAGGAAGGGGCAGAGUACAUGCUUUCUGCUAUGGCAAUUAGCGAGCUGUGCGGAAGGAUCUCAACGGGCUGGAUCCUAAACAAGCAGCCUAUACGCAAAAUUUAUAUCGUACUGAUUUAUACUAUCAUCCUGAGUGUGGUGCUGUUAUGCUUUCCAUUUGCAAGAGGAUUCUGGAGUCUUCUUACCUGCAGUAUAUUCUACGGAUUAAUGUUCGGUACUGUGGCUGGCAGCCAUAUUUCAGUUAUUGCAGAGGAUGAUGUAGUUGGAAUUGAGAAGAUGUCAUCUGCACUGGGAAUUUACAUGUGUAUUCAGAGCUUCUCAGGUCUUGCCGGACCCCCAAUUGGAGGCUUUCUCGUGGAUAUUACGGGUCAGAAUUAUGGAUCUGCUUUCUUCGCAUGUGGUACUGGAACAGGAAUAGGAGCCAUUUGUCUUUCAUUAGUUCGGUUCAGUAAAAAAAGAUGUAGGAAACAGCAGGUGCAAGAAAAUCCCAAAGAUGACCAAGAUUUGACUAAAGACUACCUUGAUACAUAAUUAAAAAUAUCAAAAUGUACAUCGUGAAUUUCAAAGCAUAGCAUGAAGAAACGGACAGCUAUGUGCACAAAGAUUAAAGAUUGUUCCCUUUUGCAAAUAUCAAUCAUAGUCUUCCAAACUCUGGCCUGUUUGAAUCACUUUCAUGCCAGUGUCCACUGAAAAAUGGAUUAACAAAAACAAAUUAUACUUGUAUAGCGCCCUUCACGUUGGAAUUGACUAUUCAGUUUAUAUGUGGACAGUGCAAGAACCAUUUGUCAGCGCCUUGGGACGUCCUCCUGAUGUGAAUGGCGCUAUACAAAUGUAAUUUGUUGUUGUUGUUUCAUGUUUCACUUAGCGUUGUGAGGAAAUUCAAACAUUCACUGAUUACUCAAACCAGAAAAUGGAGAGAAUAUAAAUUACAUUCAGAGAUUCAAAUUGUAAUUUUCAAUCAUCCAAACAGGUAAAAUCAUUGGGUGCUCUUAAUUCAGAUUUCUAUUUUAUGUUGUUUAUUUUAAUACUCAAAGGGAGAAAGGCAAUCAUAUAAUCUACACCUCACCAUAUCACAAAUUAGUAUAUAAUAGAAAGCAUUAUUUUAAAAUAUUCCAGAAAGUGGCCUAGAUGAAUGCUCCAUUCCACCACAGAGGAACUUUAGUUUGAAUAACAAGACUGUUGAAUCACAAGGAAAGAUCAUUCCCGUUUUUUAAAAAUAACUGCAGAGGCAAUACAUAUCUGACACCUGGAACUCUAAAUGGGGUUAUGAUUUAUUGUCUUAUGCGAGGGAAGUGUUACUUGUGUAAGUCAGGAAUGAUAACCUCAUUUAAGGGUUCAGGCCUGUUUUAUUGGGCUGAGCAUUAAGAUGAAUUUGUUAACUACAUCAAUAACAAUCUUUUGUAUUAAGGUGUUUCUAAUCAGUUGUGCUCUGGAAUUGAAAAGGGAUUUAUUGGUUCAAAAUAAAUUAAAUCAAAGACAGCAGUAAAGCAAGCAAUUAACGCAGUAAUACUGCCAACACUACGAAUAUGAUACAACUGCCAAGAAUGAACCUGGAGUAGUAGCAACGAUUGGAAGAAAAUAAUUGCUGAAUUCCUCAGUUAUUUAAUAUCUAAAUUUGAAUGUUUUAGUUGUGUUGCAACAUCACUGCCCAAAGACCUACCUAACCAUUCAGAAUUUUCCAUAUUACAUGGUGGAAAGAUUGGAGGACAGCUGAAAGGGAUUCUAUGCUCUUUGUGAAAUGCAGUGACAAAAAUGCCUCUAAACCUCAUUUCCUAAUGCACGACCAGGAAAACAAAUUCUGACACUUUACCAUUUGGCAAAGAAAUUGAUUGCAUUGCAUUUUUAUUUAAAUUACAACGACUAAGUCUAUUUCUGGUUAUUAAAAGCUGUUUCAUAUGGAAUGAAACUUACUGUGCCAAGAGAAAACACAGAGCCUGGGGCAUUAUACUUGGUAGUGUUUCAGCCAUAGUUAUUUUUAAUGAACCUGUAAACAAACUUGCAAAACAAAGUUCCAAAACUAAGCACUUCUAACAUCCUUCUUGGAUAUAUGUAAACACAAGUACCAACUGAAAUUCAUAUUCAGCAAUACUUUGGAUAUUACUAAUGUUUUAAGUGAGCAGCUAAACAUAUCGAAGACGCAACUAAUUUUUAAAUCCAUUUGAUUGUAAAAUGUAACUGUGUUUGAAUACAAUAGCACUUUACCUGAAUUAGUGCAAAGCUUCUAACAAUAACACUGCAGUGAAUGCAGUUGUUAACAUUUUAGCUUGUUAAUUCCUUUUUUAGAAAGGGCAAUGUUUUCCUUUUUAAAAAAAAUUGAGAAGUCAGGUAUAUGAUUUCUUAUUUUAUUCUGGGUUGGAAUAGACUGAGGAGAUAUAAUGAGGUUACUAAAACAGACAGGUGUAUUGGAAAAGGCUGCAUAAUGUGUAAAACUUUGUUUAGUUUAAAAGUAAAUCCAUUUAUUACAGUCACUUGAACACUACAAAAUAAACUCAUUUUAAUUAUUUUAAAUUAUUAAACUAAUCUACUGUAACUGUUUUAAACAGAUGUGCAGGUGUUAAUACAAAGACCUGAGUAAUUUGUUGUUCUGCCUAACCAUAUAUCUAUAUUCAUUUCUUUAUAGUUCACAAAUGUCACAUUAAGAAGGUGGAUAAAGGAAUUGUUGUGUAAUGGUAUUUUUAUCAUUAAUGAAAGAAAUGUUUUUACUAAGGAAAGGAACGCAGAGUUAAAUACUCCAGUAGCACAGAAGGUUACCUGGUUCAUUGGCUGCCCUUGACCGGCCUAUUUUAUUGGGCUAAAAUUUUGACAAAAGCUUUUUGCUUGCCAGAAAAUAUGAAGAGAAUUAUGUUUCAAUACAGUAAAUGGUAAUUUGCUGCGCUGGUAGUGAGCAAGUGUCUCAGACUUUUAGUAGGUGAAAGAAUUAUCCUCACUGCUUUACUUAAGACAGAAUGUGAAGAACUUUCAAAUCCUUCUACGCUUUUGAUAGUAAUAUAUAAUUUCAAUCGUGUACAGUACAUUAUAUUCAAUUUCAGAUGUUUUAUCUGUAUAUCAAACAACGAUUAAUUGAAUGCGAAAUUCAGUUUUAACGUGUUUAUAAAAUAAUGUUAAGUGCAGGUGCACAGGUGGUUUAUUAUACAAGUCGGAAUCUUCUAUAGACUGAAAUUAACUUGUACUUUUGAAAUGCUUAGCAAAAUGAAUGCCAACAAAGUGAAAGGCAUGCAAAAAUGUCUUUUUUAUGCAAGAUUUUAUUUGUUAUAUCUUCUACUUGAACUCCAGAAACUGUUUGUUUAACUCCUGAAGUUUCUCUACGGUUAUUAAAUUUCAGAAUUUAACUAG